AUGUCCAGACUCAUUGUUUUGGAUCUUUCCAAUAACAAUUUCACCCAUUCACUUCCCAACUCACUCCGUAACUUGGAACUCCUCGAAAUUCUAAACCUCUCAGGAAAUAAUUUAAUCAGUGAAUCUCCAAACCCAGAAUUGAGCCUUAUUACUGCCUUGACGAAUUGCCGACGUUUAAAGAUUUUGCGGGUAGACGAAAAUCCUCUUAAUUCCAUGCUUCCAGUUUCCAUUGGGAAUCUCUCCACUUCGCUUCAAAGGAUCAGUGCGAGUUAUUGUGAAAUUAAGGGCAGAAUUCCCAACCACAUUGGUAACUUGAGCAAUUUGGCUUUCCUCGGUCUACAUGGUAAUGGCUUCACUGGAUUUAUUCCAACCACAAUGAACAAGUUAUCAAGGCUUCAAGUUUUAGAUCUUGGAUUUAACAGGAAACAAGGGUCCAUUCCAAAUGAUCUCUGCCUCUUACACAAAUUGGGAUCAUUAGAUCUGGGUGAAAAUGACCUUUUUGGUCCAAUUCCAGCUUGUCUAGGGAAUGUUACAUCUCUAAGAGAACUUUUUCUGGAUUCCAACAGAUUAACCUCAAAAAUACCCACAAAUCUGUUCAGCCUUGAAGAUAUUUUGUAUUUGAACUUGUCCUCAAAUUCUUUAAAUGGCUCAAUUCCCUCGGAGAUUGGAACUUUAAAGGCCGCAAUACAAAUAGGUUUAUCAUUGAAUAGCUUUUCAGGUAAUAUCCUUAGCACAAUUGGAGGUCUGCAAACCUUAAUCAAUCUUUCUUUGGCACAUAAUAAUCAAUCUUUCUUUGGCACAUAA